AUGUUGCAAGCGCUUGUAGAAGAGAUUGUUUUUGACGCGAUAAAUGAAGAAAGAAUGGAAAAUCCAACGGACCCACCGCCGGUUGUUAGCUCUGAUGCAACUGCACCAAACAGAACGAAUAUCACUACCACAUCAACAACCCGAACGCCGGCGACACCUCCUCCAACGGAAGCCCAACCACAGCAAUUGCUGAAUCAAACAAAUAACCAGCGAGCACGUCCUUGA